AUGCUGAGCUCUGAUGAUGAUGAUGGAGAUAUUGAUGUAUUCUAUGACUCAUUGGAUAGUUUGUCAGGUCAAGAAUCUGUUAUAGCCGAAGAAGAGUUUGGUUUCGAAAGGCGUUAUGAUGAAAUUUGGGUGAAUGAGCCUGUUAGUGUGAAAGAAAGAAGGGAACUUUUUCUGCAGGUGGAGCGGUCUCAAAUGCAAGUCUUGUUGGAAGGACUUAAAGGGCGUCGCGAGGAUGAAGUGGAUGCAACUUCUACAGCUCCUGAGCACGGACAAAGAGAAGAUGAAGCACAAGAAGAAUUUCGGGAUUUUGUAAAGAGUAAAACUAGUAGAAAUAACUGGUGGAAGCGCAUUGUAAAUGUCGAAAAAGGCGACGAAGGAAAAGUUAGAUCAAAAUUUAGUACAGGGAUGAAUAAAGCAAGUAGAAUAAAGGUAAGACGGAAUAAAAAGAGGUGGCUUGAGUUCAGUGAGGUAUACGUUGGUCAAGAGAUUAAAGCUCACAAAGGAUUGGUAUGGAGUAUGAAAUUCAGUCCUAAUGGUGAGUAUUUAGCUAGUGGAGGUGAAGAUGGUGUCGUGCGCAUAUGGCGCGUUAUGUCACGUGACAAAAGCCGGCCCUUCAUUUUCCUUCCAAAUGAUAUUUUUCAAAUUGAGGAAUCACCACUGCACGAAUUGUUUGGUCAUUCCAGUGAUAUCUUGGAUUUGGCUUGGUCUAAUUCAGAUAUUCUUCUCUCGUCCUCUAUGGAUAAAACUGUCCGCGCAUGGAAAAUUGGCUGUGAUCAAUGUUUACGUGUUUUCCCUCACAAAGACUUUGUGACGUGCAUUCAAUUCAACCCUGUUGAUGAAAAUUACUUCAUCAGCGGAUCAAUAGAUGGUAAAGUUCGAAUAUGGGGGAUAUGCGAAGAGCGAGUUAUUGACUGGGCAGAUAUACGAGAUGUCAUAAGUGCUAUAAGUUACCAACAAGAUGGGAAAGGAUUUGUAGUUGGUUCUGUUACAGGUACUUGCCGAUUUUAUGCUGCUUCAGGAAAAUAUUUCAAGCUUGAGGCUCAGGUAGAUAUCUGUGGAAAGAAGAAAGCAUCAGGCAACAGGAUUACAGGCAUUCAGUUCUUCCAAAACAACUGUCAGAGAAUUAUGAUCACGUCAGAGGAUUCGAAAAUUCGCAUAUUUGAUAGAACUGAGAUUGUUCAGAAAUACAAAGGCCUUCCGUGGUCGGGAAGUCAGAUGUCUGGUUCAUUUACAUCAAGUGGGAAACAUAUAAUUUCGGUUGGAGAAGACUCGCGUGUUUAUAUUUGGAACUUCAAUGACUUUGAAAGCGCUUCUUUGAAAAAAAAGAAAUCCCAGCAUUCUUGUGAAUAUUUUUCCUUCAAGGGUGUAACGGUUGCAAUACCUUGGUGUGGCAUGAAAGCAGAAGAUAGAAAUAACGUUUCGCGUUGUGUUUCAGAAACAAAAAGCAAGCUAGAGUUUGGUUCCGAGGUUAGAGAUACAGACCGUUUUUCUCUCGGUAACUGGUUCUUCAUAGAUGGUACAUGCCGAGGUUCUAUGACAUGGCCUGAGGAGAAACUUCCAACAUGGGACGAAUAUGAUCAUUGGAAGUUAUAUAAAAAAGAUAGUAGCCAUGGCAAGAAUAAAUCAGAAACAUGGGGACUCACUAUAGUGGCAGCUGGCAGUGAUGGAACUAUCAAGACAUUCCACAACUUUAGUUUGCCUGUUAGGCUCUAG